AUAAUUGUUAACGAAAGAAAAGUUAAGAAGUAACAAACGUUUUGUAAAUUCACUAAUUUCGGAUUAGUGUAAUAAACAAUACUUAAAAGAGAAUGUCAUAACUUUAUUAACAAAAUUGAAUAUUCUAUAACGCCAAUUAUAAAGUUCACCUCUAUUCAGUCGAACCCAAUAAGAAUACAAAACUUUCAUCAUGUUUAACCAAAGUUUCGGAGGUUCUAUAAUCGGACAAAACACUACUACUACCAAUACUUCGAAUCCUAUGAAAGAUUUUGAAGUUACUCAACCACCAGAUGAUUCCAUAAGUUCCCUGGCAUUCUCUCCUUCAACAUUACAACAAAAUUUUUUAAUCGCUGGUAGUUGGGAUAACAGUGUAAGAUGUUGGGAAAUAGAACAAACAGGAAAAAGUGUACCAAAGUCUAUGCAAUCUGGUACAGCACCAGUUCUAGAUGUUUGUUGGAUAGACGAUGGGAGUAAAGUAUUCAUUGCUUCUUGUGAUAAAACUGUCAAGGUGUGGGAUUUAGCUAGUAACCAGACAAUGCAGGUUGCACAACACGAUGCUCCUAUAAAAACAUGCCAUUGGGUUAAAGCCCCCAACUAUACAUGUCUGAUGACAGGCUCCUGGGAUAAAACUUUGAAAUUCUGGGACACCCGUACGCCUACCCCUAUUAUGAAUAUAGCAUUGCCUGAACGUUGUUAUUGCGCUGAUGUUGACUACCCAAUGGCUGUAGUAGGAACUGCCAAUAGACAUUUAAUCAUUUAUCAAUUAGAAGGAAAACCUUCGGAGUAUAAAAGGGUGGAUAGUCCUUUAAAAUAUCAGCAUAGAUGUUUAGCUAUAUUCAAAGAUAAGAAGAAGGCUCCUACUGGAUAUGCCCUAGGAUCAGUUGAAGGGAGAGUAGCGAUUCAAUAUGUCAGUCCCACAAACCCUAAAGACAAUUUUACCUUUAAGUGUCACCGAUCGAAUGGUACACCCAACGGCUACCAAGAUAUCUAUGCUGUAAACGAUAUUGCAUUUCAUCCUAUACAUGGAACUUUGGUUACUGUAGGUUCAGAUGGAACCUUCAGCUAUUGGGAUAAGGACGCCAGGACAAAAUUAAAGUCUUCAGAAGGUGCUAUGCAACAACCUAUUGUGCGCUGUGCUUUCAAUCAUAACGGUCAGAUAUUCGCUUACGCUGUAAGUUAUGACUGGAGCAGAGGCCAUGAAUUUCAUAACCCUUCUUUCAAGAGUCAAAUAUUUUUAAGGCCUUGUUACGAAGAGCUCAAACCAAGAGGGGCCCAGUAAUUUUACAUUUUUUGUAUCUACUGUAUAUCUUAUAAGUAUAUUGUUCAAUUAAAAUAAUUUACAAAUCUU